UGUCUUUUCUGUUCGCUUUUGCCGACGAUCUUUUCGCUGCCGUAGCGCUGCCGUAGCGUAGUGCGCGGCCCGCCGCCGAUGCGGCUUCUGAGCCAGCACAUGCUUGGAGAGCCGGAGGCCAGCCAGUUGCUGGCCUUUCCGCGGCGAAGCCGACCAAGCUUAGUGGCGCAGGCAGACUGGUCCACCUUGCUGACGGGCAAGAGCAAGCUGCAAAGUUCCGCUUUCUUGUGUGGCCCGCAGGACCCCGACGCGCACGCCCCAGCCUUCCUUCGAGGCCGGAGGGGCGUGUGGCCAAGCUCCUACACGAAAGAGGAGAACGAUGAGGUGGAGAACACGCAGGAGCAUCAAGCAGAGAAAGAAGCAUCGUCACAGGAGGUGGAGCUGAAUCCGGAGUGCUCGAAGACUCGGAAGAGCGGCCUGCCUCGGUGUUGCCUCUGCGCCAAUGGUGAGGCCAUUUGGUCUCAGGAUGGCAGCUGUAAGCAUUGCAAAGACAAUGGAGGCAUCAAGGACUGUGCUGCGGCCGGCGAAGAUGGGCACCAUCUUCCACCACACGGACCAUCCAUCGACUCCGGACCAUCGACUCGGACCUUCCUGCAGCACUGGGCCUUCCCCCGGCUUCAACGCCUCGACCGAACUGACUGCACACCGGGCUCCAGCAGUUGGCCACUCAAGUACAAGGAGGUGGAUGGUGAAGACAGCAAAGAAAAGGAUUGGAACGAAGAAGAUGACAACCGGGGUGCCAUUUGUGCUGAAACCUGUGCGGAAAAAUGGAUUUCCAAGAUCAAUGGCGAGAUGAACAUCCCUCGAGCUUUACCACCCCAGAAGGCGAAGGAACUCACCAAGCAGGCAGAGGCCGCCGAAGAACAAGAAAAAUUGGAAAGGGAGGCGGAAAGACAAUCUGAAAUGGAAUCGAUGGAAUCACCCCAAUAA